GAGGUUUUUGUUUCGCAGGGCCAAGCGCUCAGUAAUUCAGAGGGCUCGCGCACACCGGCGGAACAACAGCAUGCUGCGGCAGAAAUCCAGCGAGAAGAAAGUGAUUUAAAAUUAUCGGAAUACGGCCUUCAAUCUUCUGCAGCCCGAUCCUUCAUUGAUAUAGUAACAUUUCAACAGGGAGAUACUAAAAAUCAGGCUAUCGACGGGGAUAAUAUUUUCCACUAGUAGGCUACUAUGGAGGACCAGCUGCUGUGCUGCGAGGUGGACUCCAUCAGGAGAGCUUAUCAGGACGUGAACCUGCUCAACGACCGAGUUUUACACACUAUGCUGAGGGCAGAGGAAAACUACUUACCGUCGCCCAACUACUUCAAGUGUGUUCAGAAAGAAAUUGUCCCUAAAAUGAGGAAAAUAGUUGCUACAUGGAUGUUAGAGGUCUGCGAAGAACAGAAAUGUGAGGAGGAGGUUUUUCCUCUGGCUAUGAACUAUUUGGACAGAUUUUUAUCAGUGGAGGCCACCAGGAAAACAAGACUACAGCUGCUGGGAGCUACCUGCAUGUUUCUAGCUUCCAAGAUGAAGGAGACGGUGCCCUUAACGGCGGAGAAACUCUGUAUCUACACGGACAACUCCGUUCAACCCGGAGAACUGCUGCAAAUGGAGCUGCUGGUUCUCAACAAGCUGAAGUGGGAUCUGGCUUCAGUCACGCCGCAUGAUUUCAUUGAACACUUCCUGUCCAAGUUGAAGAUCUACCCUUCCACCAAGCAGAUCCUCAGGAAACAUGCCCAGACCUUUGUGGCUUUAUGUGCUACAGAUGUCAACUUCAUUGCGAGUCCUCCAUCCAUGGUGGCAGCAGGCAGCGUGGUUGCGGCUGUACAAGGUCUCUAUCUGAAGAGCCAAGAUGCCUCCUUGUCCUCACAGAACCUCACCAACUUCCUGUCACAAGUCAUUCGCAGUGACCCAGACUGCCUGCGAGCAUGUCAGGAGCAGAUUGAGUCGCUGCUGGAGUCAAGCCUACGGCAGGCACAGCAGCACAGCAGCACAACAGAAACCAAACGUGUGGAUGGGGACGUGGAUCUGUCCUGCACACCGACAGAUGUGAGAGACGUCAACAUCUGAAAUGACUGACAGAUGUGUCACACAGUGAUCUGAUGCUCAAGAAAAAGUUGUGGACAGAGGACCUUUCUGGUAUCAUGGCUGACAUGUCACUCACAUGCUUGUAUGACUGCCAGGAUGGGGCCGAGCACCCCCCGCUGGCCCCACAAUUUUCUGCCAGUGUCCCCUCCCACCCUGGGAAAAGAAAUGAACACUACAGAAAUGUACAAGAGAGAAAAGAAACCAUAUACUGAUGAUCUGUGAGGGCUGGAGCUAAAACAGCAAAGCUGAUAUUUGAACUCAUAUUUUUUCUUAUUCCUUGAAAUAUUACUAGGAAUCUUCAAAUUACUGCAGACUCAGCAUGCCUACUGAAACAUCCCAAAGUGUUAUAUACAGUAGGGUUUUGUAGUCUGUCUUUAGGCCUUCAUCCGAGAAAGGCUUUUUUCCCUCUAUCUAGAAAGAUUUAGACUAAAUGUCCAAGCUUCCAUGUUUGUCUUCUUGCUGUGCAGACAUUCAUAUGUCUAUUCUUGCUUAAGUUUAGUCACUUUAUUAUAUAUAAUUUUAGAUGUCUUCAUCAAUUAGUCUUAUACCUCUCUUUUUCCAAGUUUUGUUUUUUUUUUUUUUUUAAACCAAGUUGUUUGUAUGAUUUUAGUGAUUGUGGAUUGCUGAUGUUAAGGUUUGCAUAAAGGUGGUUUUUCAUUCACAGCAUUAGCUCUACCCAUUUAACCUUGCUGUUGUUUUAUAAGAUCAACUCACUGCACAACCAAACAGAGCAAUCCAUAGUCUGUUACAUUUUAUUUCUCUUUGUAGUUAAACCUAAACCAUUCCAACUUAUUUUUUAAAAAAGCACUUUUGGUCAGCUCUGCUGAUCGUCUAUAAUGAAAAAAAUCACAGUGACAAAGUUUGUAAAACAGCACGAAAAUGGAAUGGAGGUUUGGGCAGGAGUCUUUUGGUGAUGGAGAGUCAGAGGCCUGGAUCUGAUUCAUCUAAUGGGACAAAAGUUGACCAUUGACCAUUAUGGCUUUUUUUAAAAAAAAAAAUAAUUAGACAAGACUUGAAUGCUACUCAACACUGUCAGUGUUGUCUCACGAGUCUCAUAGAGCCAGUGGCUAUCUGUAGUUGCAUUCAAGUCUCAGAAUCGAGUUUUAGUUCAACAGAUGUUUCAUACUGGCCAAGCUGCUCUCACAUAGCAUUUGCUAAACCUCAGUGUGCAGAGCCCAGAGCUGAAGGUCCAGAGGAAAAAGUAAAUAAAUUUAGUAGUACUUAAAUUUUUAUAUACAAAAGUGUAUUUAUUUUUUUUAGCUUCAGUUUUUAAGUUUGCCAUUUACUUUGGCCUCACCUACUGAUGUUUAACUAUCUCUGCCUCCAGAGCAGCACUGCCUUCCAGAAAUAUUUGUAAAACUAAAACUCCAGUCAGCCUCCAAAUCACCAGGACAGCAUCUCCUCCGUUGUGCCAUCUCAGUUCAAAUACUGCUCAUGGAUUCUGGGUAGGGGAAGAAGCUACAACAAAGAGGGGGUGUUGAGACUAUUGACAUGAUUUUGCACAAAGCUAAAAGACAUGGGCUGUGUUUCCUGCGGGCUUGCCUUAAAAAAGAGGGGGGAGGCAAAGCUGGUAAGAGCACAGAUGGGCGAAAAGGUGGCAAAAGGGUUGAAGGCUCAACAGGGAGGUGUGUCUUAAUGCUGUAGAGUUCACGUCAGGGUUCCUACAUAGGACAUGGAAGUUGUCAUGAAACUUUAUAUGUUCAGAUGAAGAGAUGACUGCAAACAGGGUUCUUAUUCUGACAACUGUGUUGGAACCCUGUCAAUGAGUUUCUGGUUGUACAUUAAGAAUAGAGAGUAGGAGAGAAACACUCCUUGUAUUCUGCUGCUAUAAAGAAUAAAUCCCAGCUAUGUGUUUAAAAAAAGAUGAAAAAGAUGACAAAAAGUAAAGGAUAAAAACAAUGCUUUUCUCUUGUUUGCUGCUACAUUUUUGGAUUUUGAUUUUAUAUAUAUAUAUAUAUAUAUAUAUAUAGAUCUAUGUAUAUCUAUAUCUAUAUAUAUAGAUAUAUAGAUCUAUGUAGAUCUAUAUAUAUCAGUAUGUCAAUAUAGUGCCAAUCUAGAGUUGAAUUUUCUCAUAGAAAAUUGUUAUUGACAUCCAUUGUUUUUAUGUAGAUUCUAUGUGAUCAGUUUUCUGUUUGUAAUUACACAAUAUGAUUUUCCAAGCUAUUCCAAAAAAUAAGAAAAAAAUGAGACAAUGUACAGAAAUGCUUUGAUCCACAAUACCUCAUGGGACAGUCAAGAUUUAUCUCAAAUUUUUAGUCGUCUUGUUUGUUUAGUUCUUUUUCUAUUCUACUUGUUGGGUCAGUGCCUAAUAGCUCUGUUAAACCUGCAUAACAUGAAGCAUCUGUGAUGGAAACCGGCAAGUCCAGGGCAUGCUUUGAUACUGGUGCCAUGGGAUAUGUAUAACUCUGUUGAGUGUUAAACUGUCUCGGUGAAAGAGACUUACCCCCCCUUUAGGCCCAUAGUGGCCUUUUUCCUUUCCCCUUUUUAUAUUUAUAAAAGAUAAAGCUUUUUGCUCCAACUUUCAAACUGUCAUUGAGUUCAUUUGAGUUUGUAACUAGUCAGUGUUGUGCUCUGUAAGCCAUAGAGUGUUUUUGUUUUGUUUUUACAAAUCAUUCCACACAGUUGUCUACUUCAUGCCGGUUGUCUGCAACUGGGACAAACAGUGUAUUCAUAUUUGUGUAAACUACACAAUAAAAACAUGAAUUAGAUGCAGUGUGAAAAA